AUGGGUGCCAAUUCCAAGGCAGCUAGCAGCCGAGUUUCCGGAAACAUCUGGCAUCAUCGACUUUGGGAGUCAAUGCAGAGCGGUGAGCGCUAUAUAUUUGUCAUGAUAUCGGGGCUGGCUGACAUGGGAGCUGAAGCUCUGGGGAGGGACACCAAAGGAUGUGCUUUUGUCGGCGACGCUUUGCGCGCUGUUACCGUGUUUGCACGGUUCAAAAAGUUGAAGCUUCAACAAACAUGGAAUAAUAUUCACCUAGCUAAGGACCCUACCAGGCCAUCUAGCUCCAAAUAUGACAGUGGUGGGGGUGAGAUGAUCGAGGCUCUAUUUCUUUUGAAAAACUAA